AUGAAUAGCAUAAAGGGUUCUGCUAAGGAAUUGUUUAAACAUUUAAAAGACGAGCUUACGCAACAAAAUAAUACUUACUCAUAUGAUGAGGAGUCUAAUUUAAUUUCUUCGACUCAUUCAAAUUAUGAAGAAUACUAUGAAGACAUAAAAUAUUUAAAAAAAGAACAAUUAAGAGCAUAUAUAUGUAAAUUAAGAAAGGAGCUAAGAAAUUAUAAAAUGAGAGAAUUGCAUUUACUGGGUGAAAUAAAAUAUUUAAAAAGAAAAGUUACACGACUCAAUGAUUUGAUAGAACAUGAUAAUAUAUUAUUAAGAGAGAAUAGAAGAGGUAGUAAUUCUUUAAAAUAUUAUGAUGAUAAUUAUAGUAAUAAAUCAUAUGAAAAAGGUGGAGAUAUAUCUUGUUGUUAUAUGAAAACAUUAGAAGGAAAAUAUUUAAUAAGAAAGAACAAAUUUUUAUAUGAUAGUAAAAAUACAAUUAAUAAUUUUCAUAAGAAACAUAGAGAUUUUUCUAUUAAUAGUAUAAAUGAAAGUAUAAAUAAUUGUCGAAGAAAUAGAUCUAUGUCUAAUACAUUAUUAUAUAAACAAAAUAAACUACAAGCACAAAAUUAUGAGCAACAAAAACAGCAUCAAAAAGUAAAAGGAUGGGGAGUAGAACUAGGAAGAGAACAAGACAAUAAAAAUAUAUUACGCAAUUUUACAAGUAAAUCUGUUUAUUCUUUAAAGAAUAUAAACUCAUAUAAUAAUGAUAAUGUGAAUACAAUUCUUUAUAAGAAUAAAUAUAAUAGUAAUAAUUCCACAUCCUCUUAUUAUGUUAAUAAUAAUAUGAAAAGAUAUAAUAGUUCAACAUCUUUAUUAUGGGGAAAUAAAAAUAUAAACUUGUCAAGAAAAAGUCUUAUUAGUAAUACAUUGCAUAAUAAUAAAACAAAUAAUAUUUUUUCAUCAAAUAGAAGCCUUGCCUCUUUUUCAAAGUAUGAAUUAAAAGAACAUCUUAUUAGUAAUAGUAAAGAUAAAAGAAAUAAUUUCUUAACAAAUAAAAUUAACAGUAACAUAAAAAGAGAUAUACAAAAUUAUCAUAAAACUAGACAAAGGAUAUUAUCAAAUAAUAAUAUAUCUGAAAAAUCCACAGGGGGAUUAUUAAAUAAAUUGUCUACAUUGAAUAAUAAAAAUAAACAAGUUCAAAAAAUUUUACCCAAGAAUAAUAUUAUUAAUAUAAAAAAUAAUACAACAAAUAAUAAAAGUAAUAUCAAUUCAAAUGAAUAUCCUACUAAUAUAAUAACAAAACAUAUUUCUAAUGAUAAAGAAAACAAAAAAAAAAAAAAAAAAAAAAAAAAAAAUUGUUAUGAGGAUAUGUUUCAUUUUAAACACCAUCAAAAUAUUUUAAAUAAAAAAUAUACAUCAUCCUAUGAAUAUACAAAAAAAAACAAAGAAAAUAUGAAGAAAAAAUUAAAUAGCGUAUCACAAAAAAGAGAAAAUAAUAUUGAAACCUUAGAAGGUACACAAAAUAAUGUGGAACAAAUAAUAAAUGAGGAGGGAAAAAUUAAAAAGUAUAAUAAUAUAUCAGAUGAAAAAAAUUCAUUUUUUUUGGAACCAUUUAAAUCUGAUGAGAAAAAGUAUCAAGAGGAGACCAAAGAUGUUGAACAUAAAAAUGAUGAUGUUAAUAAAACAUCAGAACAUGUAAAUGAACAAAAAAAAAAUGUACAAAAUGUUAUGAGCGAAAAGAAUAUGAUAAACACUUCAAAGAGUAACAAUGAUAGUUUUAUGUCUUCUGAAAAUGAAAGGGUUAAAGAAUACUUAAAUAAAUGUAGAUUAAAAAAAAAAAAUAAAAUAAAUGCUGAACAAAAAAAAAGUGAGAAAAAAGCACCUUUAAAUACAAUAACAAAAGGAAAUAGAAAUACCAAAUUGAUCAACUUAAAACAACAUAUAGAUAUAGAAAUAAAGGAAAAUUUUAGAAAAGAACUAGAUGAGUUAAAAAAAAGAAAUAAGGAAAUUAUUUUAAAACCUUCGAACUUUUAUAAUUUUCCAAUUGAUACUAGCAGUAGUAGUAGUAGUAGUGAUAAUAACAUGUGUGAUAAAACAGAAAAUAUCAACGAUAUAAAAGAUACUAAAUAUAAUGUAAAAACAAAUCCUUUAAAGGAAUCAACACUAUUAAAUAUAUCUUUUAAUUGUAUUGAUAAAAGAAUAACAAAUUUACAAAAUUAUUUGAAAAAUACAAAGAAGUAA